AUGUCGCUGCUGCAGUCCGCGCUCGACUUCCUGGCCGGGCCCGGCUCGCUGGGCGCCGCGAGCCGCGACCAGAACGACUUCGUGGGGCAGACGGUGGAGAUGGGCGACAUGAAGCUGCGCGUCAAGCGCGUCAUCGCCGAGGGUGGCUUUGCCUUUGUCUAUGAAGCCCAAGAUCUUGGAAGUGGCAAAGAUUAUGCUUUAAAGCGAUUGUUGUCUAAUGAAGAGGAAAAGAACAAAGCCAUCAUUCAGGAAGUUUGCUUUAUGAAAAAGCUUUCAGGUCAUCCCAACAUUGUACAGUUCUGCUCUGCUGCAUCGAUAGGAAAAGAAGAAUCAGACACAGGACAGGGAGAGUUUCUUCUGCUUACUGAGCUGUGUAAAGGACAGCUGGUGGAAUUCUUAAAGAGAGUAGAGUCCAGGGGGCCUAUCUCCUGUGAUACAGUGCUGAAGAUCUUUUAUCAGACCUGCAGAGCAGUGCAGCAUAUGCACAAACAGAAGCCUCCAAUUAUGCACAGAGAUUUAAAGGUGGAAAACUUGCUUAUUAGUAAUCAAGGGACAAUUAAACUUUGCGACUUUGGUAGUGCUACAACUGUAGCUUACUAUCCUGACUACAACUGGUCUGCACAGAAGAGAGCGUUGGCUGAAGAAGAGAUUACAAGGAAUACCACACCAAUGUAUAGAGCACCAGAGAUGAUAGACUUGUAUUCGAAUUUUCCAAUUGGUGAAAAACAAGAUAUUUGGGCGCUGGGCUGUAUCCUGUACUUACUGUGCUUCAGGCAACAUCCAUUUGAAGAUGGAGCUAAACUUCGCAUAGUCAAUGGGAAAUACGUCAUUCCACAGAAUGACACCCGCUAUUCGGUGUUUCAUGAUCUCAUUCAUUGUACUUUGAAGGUGAACCCAGAGGAGAGGUUGUCAAUCACAGAACUUGUGAAUCAAUUGCAGGAAAUUGCAGCAGCUAGGAAUGUUAAUCCUAAAUCUCCUAUCACUGAGCUCCUGGAACAGAAUGGAGGCUACGGAAACAACGCACAGCCUCGAAUGUCCGUGACAGCAGUUUCACAGAGCUCCAAGCCCGCAGGACAGCUCAACAACAUGUACAAUGCAGGCCUGACUGUUGCCGAAUGUGACCAGACUUAUGGAGGAUUCUUUGAUAUUCUGAGGGGUGGAACAGAGCGAUUUUUCACUAAUAUUAAGGAUACAUCUUCUAAAGUUAUCCAGUCUGUGGCCAAUUAUGCAAAAGGAGACUUGGAUAUAUCAUACAUCACUUCCAGAAUUGCUGUGAUGUCCUUUCCAGCCGAAGGUGUAGAAUCUGCCAUCAAAAAUAACAUAGAAGAUGUGCGGUUAUGUUUAGACUCUAAACACCCUGGGCACUAUGCUGUGUACAAUCUUUCUCCAAGAACAUACAGGCCUUCAAGAUUCCAUAAUAGGGUUUCAGAGUGUGGCUGGCCAGCAAGACGAGCACCCAACCUUCAGAAUCUUUAUAGCAUCUGCAAGAACAUGCAUUCAUGGUUGAAACAAGAUCAGAAAAACGUUUGCAUUGUGCACUGCCUUGAUGGAAGAGCAGCAUCUGCUGUUGUAGUUUGUUCUUUUCUAUGUUUCUGUCGUCUCUUCACAACUGCUGAGGCUGCAGUUUAUAUGUUCAGUAUGAAACGCUGUCCUCCUGGCAUCUGGCCUUCUCAUAAAAGGUACAUUGAAUAUAUGUGCGACAUGAUGGCUGAAGAGCCCAUUAUUCCUCACAGCAAACCCAUCUUGGUCAAAUCAAUCACCAUGACUCCAGUUCCACUCUUCAGUAAGCAGCGCAAUGGCUGCAGGCCUUUCUGUGAGGUUUAUGUGGGGGACGAGAGAGUGACCACUACCUCCCAGGAAUAUGACAAAAUGAAGGAGUUCAAAAUUGAAGAUGGCAAAGCAAUAAUUCCACUAGGUAUAACAGUCCAAGGGGAUGUUCUCAUUGUGAUAUAUCAUGCCAGGUCAACACUAGGAGGCAGACUGCAGGCCAAGAUGACUUCUAUGAAGAUGUUCCAGAUUCAGUUCCACACAGGUUUUGUGCCCCGAAAUGCCACCACAGUGAAGUUUGCUAAAUAUGAUCUGGAUGCUUGUGACAUUCAAGAAAAAUAUCCUGAUUUAUUUCAAGUCAAUCUGGAAGUCGAGGUGGAGCCCAGAGAUAGACCCAGCUGUGAACAGCCACCAUGGGAUAACAUGAACAUAAAGGGGCUGAAUCCCAAGAUCCUUUUCUCCACUCGGGAGGAGCAACAAGAAAUUUUAUCAAAAUUUGGGAAACCAGAACUACCUAGACAGCCAGGUUCAACUGCACAGUAUGAAGCAGAAGCAUCCCAACUGGAGCAGUCUUCAGAAAGCAUACCCACCGAGACAGAAUCUCCACACAGCAGCAGUACCGAUGCAAAUAACUUUUUCCAUUCCCUGGACUGGAAAGAUGGGAAAAGUUCAGAAAGCGGAGUAGAGGACAACUCGUCCAGAAACGAUCAUGUUCAUCUAACUGAUGACAGGGAGGAGAGCGAUCCUUCUGAUGAGGAAUUCCCUACGUUUUCAGGAGAAGAAAAGGCAGUCACUGAUGAAAAAGACUCUACUACUCCAGAGGGAGAGUUGCUUUUUGAAGCCAAUUUUGAAACACCAUCUACCCAGUUACAAAAACCUUUUUCUGAAGAGAAUGUAGAUUUACUGGGACUAGACUCUGAUGUAUCACCAGAACAGAAACAACCUGUCCCAGAAACAAACUCCUCACCAAGCAAUGCAGACUUGUUAAACAACCUUUUUGUGGGUAGCACAUCACAGAUUUCUGAAGAGUCCACUGGAGAUCUCCUUGGAGAAGGAACAGAUUUCUUCUUCAGCAGUCAGUCUCAGCAUCCAGUUACUGCACAGACUAUGUCAUCAGCAGCAGCCGUGUCUUCUGUUGAUCCUUUUGAUCCAUUCACAAUGUCAUCAAGUCCUGAGAAUCCAACCCUGUCUGGUCCAGACCUCUUUGGAGAUUUCCUUAAUUCAAAUUCAACAUCUACAUCAAAUACGUUUACUUCCAUGCCACUUCCACCUUCUUCCAGCUCAGACUUCUUAAACUUGGGGAAUUUGACAGCAGAGCCACCUAAAAUUUCGUCAUCUUCAAGCCAACCUGAUCUCUUAGGUGGAUGGGAUUCUUGGGCAGAUUCUUCCACAACCAGCAAGGUGGCAUCACCACAGAUGAAGAAGUCUCUGUUUGAAGUUCAGGCUUUUACCACAGGGAGCCAGUCCAGUGUGUCUUCGGGUCCAUCCUUCAGCCAAGCUAAAUCUCAGAACUUUGACCCUUUUGCUGAUCUUGCCAACCUUGGAUCUGGUCUUCCAGGUCCCUCCGGUGGGGGAUUCCCAGCCAGUGGGUUUGGCCAGAAGCCUGCUCCAUCUCAGAAGCCUGGAAAUCAGUGGCAGAAAAACACGAAACCACCAAGCACUUCAUGGCAGUCACAGCCUAAACCCAGCACACCGGCUAAACCCAAUUAUACAGGAAACUUCAGUGUCAUUGGGGGAAGAGAAGAAAGAGGAGUCAGAACACCAGGGUUUGGUCAAAAGCCAAAGGUUUCAGAAAAUGACUUUGAGGACCUCUUGUCUAAACAAGGAUUUUCAGCUAAAUCUGAUAAGAAGGGACCAAAGACUAUUGCUGAGAUGCGAAAACAGGAAAUGUCAAAAGAUAUGGAUCCUUUGAAACUGAAGAUUCUUGAAUGGAUUGAGGGAAAGGAGAGAAACAUUAGAGCAUUAAUAUCCACUCUUCAUACUGUGCUUUGGGAAGGGGAGAACAAGUGGAAACCAGUUAGUAUGGCAGAUCUGGUAACUCCUGAACAAGUAAAGAAGUACUACAGGAAAGCAGUACUUGUAGUUCACCCAGACAAGGCCACAGGACAGCCUUAUGAGCAGUAUGCCAAAAUGAUCUUCAUGGAAUUGAGUGAUGCAUGGUCAGAGUUUGAAAACCAGGGUUCAAAGGCCCUUUUCUAAAACUUCACCUUUAUGGAAUCGUUUCCAAUAACAUGAAGCUGAGCCAUGGGGCUGAGCACUGUUGUGACCUUAAUGCGCCUACAGUUUAGGAAAUACUUUUCCAUGAUUUCAGAACAGUUUGAAGUCAUACAUUUAAAAUGUGAUGUGUUUUGUAAGAUGCACUAUAAAGCAUUACAUAGAGGCAUUAAG